AUGGCUACCAACGCGUCGGUCGUCUUUGACCUCCCACCUCUUCCGACCUACACUCUGACUCCCCGCCCGCCGGUUCUUGCUCCGAUCCCAGACAACAUCCUCGCCCUGAUCUUACCCAUCGUUGCCUACUGGGCCUUGUCCAUGGUAUAUCACUUUAUCGAUGUCAAUGAUUACUUCCCUCAAUACCGCCUACACACCCCCGCUGAGGUGCUGAAGCGAAACCGAGUCACGCGCUGGGAGGUAGUGAGAGAUGUCCUGCUACAGCAAGUAGUCCAGACACUCGCCGGCAUGGCGGUGAGCUAUUGCGAUGAACCCGAAUAUUUGGGCGGACACUAUCCUGAAUUUACUCAGUCCCUUAUUCUGGAUAGUGGCGUCGAAGCGGUGGUUCCUGCUUUCACCAGCUGGGAACUUUCUACGGCUGGAUUCAUCUACUGGUUCUUCAUCCCCGCAUUGCAGUUCAUCUGGGGCGUUUGCGUCGUCGAUACCUGGCAAUACUUCCUGCAUCGCGCGAUGCACCUGAACCGGUGGCUUUAUGUAACCUUCCAUUCCCGCCACCAUCGCUUAUACGUUCCCUAUGCUUUCGGUGCUCUCUACAACCAUCCCGUUGAAGGGUUCCUUCUCGAUACUGCUGGCACCGGCGUCGCAUUCCUGACAGCCCGGAUGUCGAAUCGCCAGAGCAUGUGGUUCUUCACCUUUUCCACCAUUAAGACGGUUGACGAUCACUGCGGCUAUGCUUUCCCUUGGGAUCCGCUGCAGCAUUUCACAUCCAACAAUGCCGCUUACCAUGACAUUCACCACCAAAGCUGGGGCAUCAAGACGAACUUCUCGCAGCCUUUCUUCACAAUCUGGGAUCGUUGGUUCGGUACCCAGUGGAAGGGCGAUGUGAAGCUACGCUACGAACGUUCCCGUGAAUCCGCUCAGAAGCAGCUUGACAAUGAUGCUAGCUCCGCCACCAAUUCGGGCGCUGAUACUCCGGCAUCGGGUAGUGUCACUCCGGUACCUGCUCCCCAGGAAGUACCGGCAGAGUCCACUCGCUCUCGCCGCAGAAAGACCGUCACGCUUUCCCCUCAUGUCGACGGUUUCCGAAGCGUAAACCACCCUGUCGCCAGCAGCGUUCUAUAG